GGUAAGCCUGGAGCAUAUAUUUCGGAUUGGUUUGAUCUAAGGUCGACUGAUUUAACAGUCAAAAUAAAACUAACACCAGAAUACUUUUAGAAAUUCGAUAUUUCGUUACGACAAAAUUAACCCGGAAUUCCACACAAGCUUCCAUAAUAUCAUUAUUCAAAGUUAUUAACAGUACAGAGGCAAGAUGUCGGAUCGCAAGGCAGUUAUCAAAAAUGCGGAUAUGAGCGAGGAGAUGCAGCAGGAUGCCGUCGAUUGUGCUACUCAGGCAUUGGAGAAAUACAACAUUGAAAAGGACAUUGCCGCCUACAUUAAAAAGGAAUUCGACAAGAAAUACAAUCCCACUUGGCAUUGCAUUGUCGGUCGCAACUUUGGCUCAUAUGUGACUCACGAGACUCGCCAUUUCAUCUACUUCUAUUUGGGGCAGGUGGCUAUUUUGCUCUUCAAGAGCGGUUAAAUUACAUGCCACAUUUUGAGUUAUGGCACAAAACCACCAACAUAGUUUCUGCAUAUUCGCACACUUUAACACACAAACAAGCACACACUCUGAUUUGAAAUGGCACCUUGUUGAUACAUAUAUAUUCCAUGUAAUCUCCCACAACACAUAUUAGCAGAUUGGAAUGGCAUAAUACACUUAAAUACACACAGACAGUAAAACCACAGUUUAAUAUUCUAUAUUACGAUAGAGUUCCCACAAAAUGCAAUUCUAAUCAACUAAUAGAACAAACUACACACAUUUCGAUAUGAAUUAAAUCAACUAUACCAAACA